AUGAUCACGUCGCCGCGAACGCCUGGAGCGCGAACGUUGUCGUUUGGACAGUGGGCGAGAGCGGCAAAGGCCCGAGCACUAACGUUCGAGGCGGUACGGCUUUUGAAACGUCGACGAGGAGCAGUGGUUUCGGCAGUGGCAAUGGUGGGGCAGCUGUUUUCGGCGGCGAUGAUGCUCGUUGUGUGGGUGGCGGCAGCGGCGGCCGUUGGUGCAUCCGUGUUGGUGUAG